AACAAACACCCGGCUUUGUUUUUGCUUGAUAAGCAAAAAGCUAUCACGGGACACUGUCUGUGCGAUAAACGACUGAAGACCCAAGCUGGUCCUGCAUCUGGUGGACGAUUUUCUAAUUCUUAUGGAGAAAUAAAUCUAGCUGUCAACAGCUUUUGGCCAAGGGUCAAGAUCAUAGGGUGAGGUGACCGCCAGUAAUUGUGUGUGCUCAAGAUGGAUGUCUUUGCAGAAGCGCAAAGGGCCGACAAUGACGAUGAGCUUGUUUUUGCAAAAAUGGUAGCUGAGCACGAUGGAACCCGAGAACUUGUCAAUGCAGCCCGAGUUUUGCACUCGAAGGUCUUCAACCUGGUUCCUUUGCAGGAGCUGUGCAUGAGGACCAUUGUUCUGAAUUUGCCGAAAUUCUCAGCAGUCCCUCAGUUGAUAAAGUGUCUUCCUCAAAGACUGAAGUCGAACAUCCUGAUGAGUGUGCAGGACAUGACGACUCGUUAUCAAGCAACUAAUAAUUACUCUUAUCCAUGCACAUGCAAAAAAGUUCAUCACCUGCUUGUUCCAGCCACAGACAAUUCCUCUCUGCAGAUUUUGCAGUUAAAGGAAGGUGAAACAAUUGGCAGCAGCCUUGACUGGCCAAAGGUUGCCAUUCCUCUGAUUUUGAUUAAGCAGCUGAUCAACCCCACCUUGUUAAAGUUCGACUUCACCCUCUGUGGUGGGGACAAGUUCUUUUUUGAUCCUCGAGGAUUGGAUUUGCAAAUUUUGAAAUUUCUUGCGGAAACCCCCGAGGGCAUGACGAGCAUCGUCGACCGGCGCAAAAUGUACUUGUCACCACAUGACCGACCACCACCCUGUUCAGGCAGCUUUGUCAUCGAAUACCUGGAGAAAUUCUCCAACCUUGAGCACCUCGACAUGCCCACCAUUUCAUUCAAGGAUGAGGACGUGGAGAGGCUGAUCAAAAGCUGCCGCAAGUUGAAAAGUGUGACCCUGGUUCAUUCCUCAGCCCUGACCAGUAGAGGGCUGCAAAGUGUGGCUACCUUGCCUCACCUGGAGAAACUCUCCUUGGGAACAAUGGUCUCGAGGGAUUCAAAUUUUCUCGACGCUUUCCGAUUAAUUCCUCACCUCAAGGAAAUCACUAAUUUGGAGGCACAGUCCAACGAUUUUGAUCCUAAUGUUCACCUGGACUUUCGAGGACAGACUUACAGCUUGGAGCGGCUCAACACAUCAGUUGAUGGCUGCGCAGAGCAAAUUCCCACUUGCCUGCCCAAUUUAAAGGAGGUGAUCAUCAGCGAUCCUCAACUGAAUGAAGAUACAAAUUAUCGCUUUCAUGAAGUCGUUCCCUUUCCGCAUGUCCUCAGCCAACUGCCCCAUCUCUCGGCUCUCACACUGGUCGGAACGUACGGAGAAAUUGCUGAAGACUACCUUCUUCACUCGAACUUCAGCCAGUCCGGCCUUGGUCCAAAACUCACCCACGUAACCCUGAUUGAUUGUUACGGCGAAUACACGGACGUGUUUGAGCUCGUCCUCCUCUGCCCCAACCUGCUGUACCUGAAGUUGGAAUGUGACUUCUCUCAAGAACUCCAGACCAAUCCAGAUUCUGUCGAUCCGCAACUUCUGAAGCUGGAGGAGCUGCACCUCUGCUGUCUCCACAGGCGAUUUAACCAAGCCAACCUUUCAAAGCUUCUGUUUGCCCCAAAGCUGCACACCCUUUGCCUGAAGAAUGUCUGGAUCCCUGAAGAGGCCAUCAAGGACAGUUCAGAGCCGGUGUUGCAGAAUCUUGUGCACUUUGACUCAAGUUUUGCACUUGCUAAGCCCGACGUCUACACUCUGCAUGUCACUUUCUUGAAGCUCAUUGUUUUAAACUGUCCAAAGUUGGAAACCGUGAAAUGCUGUGUGGAGCAGCAACGCUUCAAGCCAGACGAGCCAAUCAUUGCACUGGUCGAUGUCUCACCAAAGGUCCGCUGCCACUUCUCUGUUAAAAAUUCCCUCUUCUAAACAUUGCCUUAAUCACUUGAAGAAGAUGAAAAAUAUUUGCAUUCGUCUACUUGUGCCAUACGUUUUCAUUUCUUCGUGGUUAAGUUCUCUACAAAUAUUCAACCAGAAUAAGAAAUUAUCAUUUAUCAUCAAUAUGAACAAAGAUGUGACAAAGUGUUUGAUCAGAAAAGUACUCCUUUGUCAGCUAUAGACUUAUAAUUGCUAACAAGUUCUGAUGGAUUGACUGAAGUUGCAAUUUUACCAAUUUUACAUUAGUGUCUUCUGUAAGGAGUUAAUUAUUAUAAUCCUCUUAUUUUUAUAAUAUUUAUUGUUAGUAAAUUUGGCUUUCAUGUAACCUGCAGUCCCUCCAGAAUCAUGUGUCACUUUUGAGUGCUUUUGAGCAGAUUUGCAUUGCGGUGAAGAAGCUGAUUGCAUAAAUUUUAAUAAUAUUUUAAAACAGAUCAACUGAUUCCGUUUGACUGAAAAUGACAACCAAAUCUGACAAAGUCUGAAAUGCUCAGAAUCUCUUGUCAGCUUUAGUCUUUUAUUGUCGAAAUGAAUUACAAUGAGACUGGUAAGGUGCCAAAAUGAUACUUCAAGUAUCGCAUUUUGAUAUUUUUGCUAUUUUCUGUAUAAAAAUUCUUUUUUUUAAUAAUAAAAAUAUAUUGAUUUAUAGAAAAUUGUAUACAUUCUAAAGAAAAUAUGAAAA